UAUAUCUGUAAGCGAUCUCUAAAUAUUUCAUGCAGUUAGAACUUUCAAAAUGUCAGCAGAUGAGAUGAAAGCUAAAUUUGAAGGAAAAUGGAAAGUGUAUAAAAGUGAAAAUUUAGACGAAAUUCUGAAAGCAUUGGAAAUAGGUUUUCCAUUGAGAAAGAUUGCUGCUCAGUUUUCACCAGUUCACACUAUUACCAUUGAUGGAAGAAAAAUAACUUUAAUAAUAGAAACCGGCCCAAAGAAGAAAGAGGAAGAUUUCCUGUUAGAUGCUGAGGUUGACAAAAAAACUGAAGAUGGUAGAGAUGGAAAGUGCAUGACAACAUAUACAGAUGGCGUAUGGACAACACUUACCACUCCAAAUGAUACCACUAAGUCUGCAAUUACGGUUACCAGGGUGAUACAGGGAGAAGAUCUAGUCAUGACUUUAUCACGUGGUGAUGUAAUAGGGAAAAGAAUUUUCAAGAGAACAUAGAACAAAGUCAAGAGUCAAAGAGAUGGUUCCAACAGACAUGGUUUAUUUACAUUUUAAAUCUAUUUGAAUGUUGAGGACUGAUAAAGAAUAUUUGUUUUUCGUCACCAGAGCUUUUCUUAGUUUAUUAUAUUAUUUGUUUAUAGCUGUUCAGCAUUGACUAUGGUAACAUUCCUCAUAAGUUACGUGGACCGCAAACCACUUACAGAUAUUAUUUUCUCUAUUUUUUACAAUACUUUUAUUUAUGUUUUUUUUAAUUUUUUAUUAAAGAUUCAUUUGCUAAAACAGUUGUCCACUUGUUAACGCCUAUGAUUUACAUGAUUUUAUAAUUUUGCAAUACAAGUUAGAUUUUUACUGUCGUUAUGAGAUCUUUCAAUAAAAAGCUGGUAGUGAGAAUUCGGGCACUUUUCUUAAGGUUCCAAUUACCUCAGGCAAAAUUGUCAUUAAAUGUUGUUAGGUCUGUUGUGAUCAUAUAGCUAUUCGAGAAUUUAUACAUUAUUGAAUAUAAUUUUUUAGCGUUCCUAGUGAAAGUUAUCAAGAAAAGCGCUUCGGACUCAUAAAAUUUAUAAAAUGUUGUUUUUCAUUUUUUGGCAGUAUUUGUGAAUUUUUUUUCGAAAUAUAUGAUCUAGAAUU